CGACAGCGGCUGCGGCAGCGGCCAACGCACACCCUCUCCCCAGCGCGCCCGCAUCCCUCCUGCACUUAGCCGCGGAGCCGCCGGCGGUUCCCGGGCUCCACCGGCCUCCGCGCGCACGGCCGAGCCCCACGCACAAGAGCGGCCGCCUCUCCUGUGGUUCGGAGCCCGGGCGCCAGCUAUGGGGAAGCCGGCGAAGAAGGGAUGCGACUGGAAGCGCUUCCUGAGGAAUAAUUGGCUGCUACUCUCCACCGUGGCUGCGGUGGUUCUAGGGAUUGCCAUAGGCGUUUUGGUUCGAGAAUACAGCAAGCUCUCUAACCUGGAGAAAUUCUACUUUUCCUUUCCUGGAGAAAUUCUAAUGAGAAUGCUGAAACUCAUCGUUUUACCAUUAAUUCUAUCCAGCAUGAUUACAGGUGUUGCUGCACUGGAUUCCAACAUAUCUGGAAAAAUCGGUCUACGUGCUGUCGUGUAUUAUUUCUGUACCACUGUCAUUGCUGUAAUUUUAGGUAUCGUGCUGGUGGUGAGCAUCAAGCCUGGUGUCACCCAGAAAGUGAAUGAAAUUGACAGGACAGGCAGCAGCCCUGAAGUCAGUUCAGUGGAUGCCAUGUUAGACCUGAUCAGGAAUAUGUUCCCUGAGAACCUCGUCCAAGCCUGUUUUCAGCAGUACAAAACCACACGUGAAGAAGUGAGACGUCCCGAUGAGCCAGGGACUAACAGGACGGAGGUGUCUGUCACAGCCAUCAUGACAACUGCUAUUUCCAAGAACAGAACAAAGGAAUACAAAGUCAUAGGCAUGUAUUCAGAUGGCAUAAAUGUCCUGGGCUUGAUUGUCUUUUGCCUCGUCUUUGGAAUCGUCAUUGGAAAAAUGGGAGAAAGGGGACAGAUUCUGGUGGAUUUCUUCAAUGCUCUGAGUGAUGCAACCAUGAAAAUCGUUCAAAUCAUUAUGUGCUACAUGCCGGUUGGUAUUUUGUUCCUGAUUGCCGGGAAGAUCAUAGAAGUCGAAGACUGGGAAAUAUUCCGCAAGCUGGGCCUUUACAUGGCCACCGUCCUGAGUGGGCUUGCAAUCCACUCCAUUGUAAUUCUCCCACUGCUAUAUUUUCUAAUUGUACGAAAGAACCCUUUCCGAUUCGCCAUGGGAAUGGCCCAGGCUCUUCUGACAGCUGUCAUGAUCUCCUCCAGUUCAGCAACACUGCCAGUCACUUUCCGCUGUGCUGAAGAGAAGAACCGGGUGGACAAGAGGAUCACUAGAUUUGUGUUACCCGUUGGUGCUACAAUCAACAUGGAUGGGACUGCACUCUAUGAAGCAGUGGCAGCUGUGUUUAUUGCACAGUUGAAUGACUUGGACUUGAGCAUUGGGCAGAUUGUCACUAUCAGUGUCACGGCCACAGCUGCUAGCAUCGGAGCUGCCGGUGUGCCCCAGGCCGGCCUGGUGACCAUGGUGAUCGUGCUGAGUGCCGUGGGCCUGCCCGCUGAGGAUGUCACCCUCAUCAUCGCUGUCGACUGGCUCCUGGAUCGGUUCAGGACCAUGGUGAAUGUCCUCGGCGAUGCAUUCGGGACUGGCAUCGUGGAGAAGCUCUCUAAGAAGGAGCUGGAGCAGAUGGAUGUUUCAUCUGAGGUCAACAUCGUGAACCCCUUUGCCUUGGAAUCCACGACACUCGACAAUGAAGACUUGGACACCAAGAAGUCCUAUGUCAACGGAGGCUUUGCCGUCGACAAGUCCGACACCAUCUCAUUCACCCAGACCUCACAGUUCUAGGGCCGUGGCUUUGGAAAACUGGGAGUGGUGAAGGACCUCUCCAGGAGAGUCAUCUCUUAGCAAAUUCAAACAUUAAGUAAAGAAAAGAAAAACACUAACAGCCAACUGUACAUUUGAUUUGAUAUACAGACCUCUGAAUUAUUUUCUAUAUUUGGAUUCACAGCUUUUGCUCUCCAAGUUCUGGGAUUUGGGGGUGGGGUAAGAUGAGAGAAAAUUGAUUGAAAGGAAAGCUGUAUU